AACAGAAAAUGUAAGAUGUCUACGUACGUACGUGAGACUACAUAUGUAUUAGUAUUAAAGUUGAACUUGUAGUUACUUUUUUCCUACCCCCAUACUAUUACCAUGUUUACUGUAACAAAUUUUAACUAGAACACAUCACGUCUGUCAACUUUGUUUUCAGCUGAAGUGCAGGAUGACUAAUCAAACCAAGAAAGGCAGCAGAGUUCGAGGAAAGUCGCCGGAGAGUCCCACGGAAACAGACUGCUCACCGCAGCCAUCAAAGCGAACACGACCGUCCCCCUCAUCGUCAUCAGCAGCGUCGAGCAGUGCCAGCGUAUCCGGGUUUGGGGCUUAUCAACAAGGUGGCAAGGUCGCGGCGACCGGCGAGGGUCAAGAUAGUCAGGGGUUGGAAGGAAUGCAUCCUGUUUCACUUGCACGUGAUACAACAAGUGAUCCAGCCACGGGCAUCGCUUGUGCACCUCAAGAGAUCAUAGGGUCAAAUUGCAAGGGAAUCACCGGUGGGCCCACAUCCAGGAAACUGGACUCCUCAACCACCGAUGGAAGAGAAGCACAACUUUCUUCCAGAUACCUGGAAACCUUGCCUAAUGACCCCCUGCCCAUGACUUUGGUGUCAGGUGGAGAAAAACAUGACGAUGAGGGGUUUUACCAGAGAAAGGAAAGGACUUGUUGUACGUGCCAUUCUUCAGAUGGUGAGCACCCAGUCAUGAAAAAGGAAGCAAGACAAACAUCGAGAAACAUUUCCUGUCAAGGCUGUAUUUUAAGACAACUAGACUGGGUUUGGAAUGAGGAAGAGACCUCUGAUGCAUGCGUGUACGUUUUGGGCAAGACUGGAGCCCAGGUAUGCUUUCAUCAGGACUACAGUUGUGGCACUGCUGCAGCCCGGGGUACCCAACCGAUGUCCGAGGGACAACAUUUCUGGGAGAUUAAAAUGGAUUCGCCCGUCUACGGGACAGCAAUGAUGGUUGGCAUAGGUACCAAACAGAUCGACCUUGGCCAGUACAGCCACACGUUUUGCAAUAUGCUGGGCAGCGACACCAACUCCGAGAGCUGUGGACUGUCGUACACCGGCCGCUUCUACCAGGGAGGCAGCCAGGGGAAGGCCUACUGCAGUAAAUUUGGCCAGGGGACCGUCCUAGGCCUGCACCUGGACAUGUGGUAUGGAACUCUGACAUACUAUAAGAAUGGCAGGUGCCUAGGUGUUGCAACGAAAGGCCUUCUGGGCAAGGUCUGGCAUCCUAUGAUCAGCUCCACUGCCGCUAGGUCCAGCAUGUGCCUCCAGGCCGCUCGCUUCUUCCCCUCCAGCCUGCAGUUCUUGUGCUGCCGGGCGUUGCGGCAAGCCGUGCCCACCAAGCACAGCGUCCUGGAGGCACUGGCCUUCCCGCCGGGCCUGAGGGCGUUCCUGGAGGACAACCUGCUGUGGCUGCUGGACUCCCACUGCCAGGGAGACAAGGAAGUUGUUACCAAGGGCACGCAGACCGACCUCAGCAUGGCCACCCAUAAACUGAGUGAUGUACCCUUGAAGAGGUCUCCACCAGACCAGGAGGAAGGAGAGAGAUCACAGUCCCCGACGCAGUGAAUUCCCACAAGCUGAGUGUGCUUAAUGCCUGAAGUAUUAUUAAACCUGCCUAUGGUAUCUACUGCAUCUAGUACCAGAGUAAACUCCAUGUCACCUCAUUUUGUACAUGUAUGGUUUGGCUAAGACCGCAACUUAUGCUGGUCAGUAGUUGUGUCAGCUUAAUCAUGUAAUCAUGUUUUUAAAAAUAUGGCAUUGUGGUCUGCCGUGUUCAGUAGUUGGUCUCUAGUUCAUGUCUGGAUUUCUGAAAACUUAAAUCUUACAUGUUAAUAUUAAAACCUGAGAUGGGAAAACAUGAAGAAAACAAAGCCUUUGCCGACUUAUGGCAAGUGUUGUAGUCUGUAGUCAGGUCCUAUUUUAAGUCUGGCAAUAUACAUGUAUGCUGAAAUGUGAGAUACCUGUAAUAUCCUUGAGAAACUGCAUGGUGUGGUCUGAGAACUUGAGUUUGUUAUUAUGAGCUGGAAUGUGAACACAAAUGCAGGAAAAUGUCGGAGUUGGGAUCCUUUGUACAUGUAGGGCGUGUUUGUUUCACACAGAUCCAGAUCGGAAUCAGUGAUCAAAAGUUGGAUCACUGACACCAGAUCCCACCCGGUGAAUGUUGUAAACCAGUGUUGGGAUCACUGAUUGCGAUCCGGAUCCACGCGAAACAAACAGGCCCGUAAAUAUGCUGACAUUUCUGGUACACCUUUUUCAGCCUUUGUGUUCAACCAGCAACAUGCUGGCUGACCUGAAGUACAGCUGUCCUGGUGUGGUUAACAUAUGCAGCCUUGCUUAACCAUAUGUUUCAGUGUAUUUUGGCAGUUGAAAAAAGACUUGACUUUAACACUACUUGUGACUGAUGGAGAGACAUGUUUUUCGAAUUCUUCAAAAAACAAAAAAAAAUUGUGUGUUACCUGCACAGCAUCAAUUGGAAGUGGUUAAAUAAACUGCAACCUUUCUUUAUGAUGUACUGAUUUCAUCAAUGCAAGGUUUACUGGCUUCCAGCAUUAGCCUCUGUCCAGUGGCGUGGCCGGGGAGGAACGUGCCCCCUCCCACAAAUUCCCAGUGCCCCCCGGGUGCCCCCCUCCCCACUGAAAAAAAAUGGAUGAAUGGAUAUUGAA